ACUGGGACUCUGCAAAUUCCCAGAAGUGGAAGAAAAAUGGCCGUAUUCAAGGAGAAACUGACCUUCAAGGAUGUGGCUGUGGUCUUCACUGAGGAGGAGCUGGAGCUGUUGGACCCUAUUCAGAGGAAGCUAUACCAAGAUGUGAUGCUGGAGAACUUCCAGAACCUGCUCUCAGUAGGACAUCACCCUUUCAAACAUGAUGCAUUCUACUUAGAAAAGGAAAAAACGUCUGAUAUGGUGAAGACAACAAUCCAAAGAAAAGAGAAAUCAGCAGACAAGAUCCAGAGUGAGAGGGAGACUAUUCCAGAAACAGGACCACAUGAAGAGCUUUCCUACAGGCAAAUAUGGCAACAAAUCACAAGUGAUUUAAGCAGGUUUCAAGCCUUUGUGAUAAAUAUUUCUCAGUUUCCUAGACAAGCUGAUUUGUCUUACCAGGUUGGGGCAGAACUACCUAUAACUCACACAGGACACAAACUUUACCAGUGUCAUGAUUGUAAAAAAUCCUUCAUUGAUGUCUGCAGCUUUGAUCUUCAUCAAAAGUUACAUGCAAGAGAAAAGUCUCACACAUAUGAUGAGUGUGGAAAAAGCUUCUGUUAUAGCCCAGCUCUUCAUAUUCAUCAGAGAGUUCACAUGGGAGAGAAACGUUAUAAGUGUGAUGUGUGUGGUAAAGAAUUCAGUCACAGUUCACAUCUGCAAACUCAUCAUAGAGUCCACACUGUAGAGAAACCAUUCAAAUGUAUGGAAUGUGGGAAAGGCUUCAGCCGUAGAUCAACACUUACUGUGCAUUGCAAAUUACACACAGGAGAGAAACCUUAUAAUUGUGAGAAAUGUGGUAGGGCCUUCAUACAUGCUUCCCAUCUUCAAGAACAUCAGAGAAUCCAUACAGGAGAGAAACCUUUUAAAUGUGAUACAUGCGGUAAGAACUUCCGCCGUAGAUCAGCACUUAAUACUCACUGCAUGGUCCACACGGGAGAGAAACCAUAUAACUGUGAGGACUGUGGGAAGUGUUUCACUUGUAGCUCAAAUCUUCGUAUCCAUCAGAGGGUCCACACAGGCAAGAAACCUUACAAAUGUGAAGAAUGUGGUAAGUGUUUUAUUCAGCCUUCACAAUUUCAGGCUCAUCGAAGAAUCCACAGUGGAGAGAAGCCAUAUGUAUGCAAAAUAUGUGGUAAGGGCUUCAUUUACAAUUCAAGUUUUCAGGCCCAUCAGGGAGUCCACACUGGAGAGAAACCAUACAAAUGUGAUGAGUGUGGGAAGAGGUUCAGAAUGAAAAUCCAUUAUCAAGUACAUCUGGUAAUCCACACAGGAGAGAAACCUUAUAAAUGUGAGGUAUGUGGGAAAUCCUUCCGUCAGAGUUCAUAUCUUAAAAUUCAUCUGAAAGCACAUAGUGUGGAGAAACCUUAUAAGUGUGAAGAGUGUGGACAGGGCUUCAAUCAGUGUUCGCGACUACAGAUUCACCAGCUGAUCCAUACUGGUGAGAAACCAUACAAAUGUGAAGAGUGUGGAAAGGGAUUCAAUCGAAGAGCAGAUCUUAAAAUUCAUUGUAGAAUUCACACGGGAGAGAAACCAUAUAGUUGUGAGGAAUGUGGGAAAGUCUUCAGUCAAGCCUCACAUCUUCUGACCCAUCAGAGAAUCCAUAGUGGAGAAAAACCAUUCAAAUGUGAGGAGUGUGGGAAAAGCUUUGGUCGGAGUGCACACCUUCAGGCUCAUCAAAAAGUCCAUACUGGAGAAAAGCCAUACAAAUGUGAAGAGUGUGGGAAGGGCUUCAAGUGGAGCCUUAAUCUUGAUAUGCAUCAGAGGGUGCACACAGGAGAGAAACCAUAUACAUGUGGGGAAUGUGGGAAACACUUCAGUCAGGCCUCAAGUCUUCAGCUUCAUCAGAAUGUGCACACUGGAGAGAAACCAUACAAAUGUGAUGUGUGUAGUAAAGUCUUUAGUCGGUCUUCACAACUUCAGUAUCACAGGAGAGUUCACACAGGGGAGAAACCUUACAAAUGUGAGACAUGUGAUAAGAGUUUCAGCUGGAGAUCAAACCUCGUAAGUCAUCACAAAAUUCAUGCUGGUGAUGAAAGUGGUGAGAGUGGUAAGAACAUCAAAGAAUUGGCUCAGCACGUGUAGCA